AUGAGGGACCCAGAUAGAUGGAAUUGGUGUCGUUUCUUACACGAGUGGAUGGUUGGUCAAGAUGGCAAGAAGGGAAGGCCUAGCCCGUUUGUUGUGUUGUUUGCUUAUAUAUACAGGAUUAAAUAUCCCGAGGCACGAAGCAGGUGGAAAACAGAUGAACCACGUAUUUGUGCGUGGCAACCAGAUGACAUUGAGAAGCUGAUAGAGCUGGACAUGGGUCCAGACGGACAGUUUGGGUACGCAGAGGUUGUGCGUGAUGUCGAAUACGGAAAACCAUACCCUGGAGGUGCACCCAGGAAAGAAGUAGCUCCAUGGAAAUUGCCGAAGGUAAAUGAAAUUCCUCCGGUUCGGAUAGCAGCUGACCCGUUUGAUGAUGGUCCGAAAGAAGACCUUCGUCAUAGGAGGAGGAAGAUUAUAAGAAGAAGGGACCAUCUCAAAACGUCCAAGGGUCAGACAUCCACUGCGGAGGAGCAAUCAAAAACAACGCUGCCACAACAAGCAACAAAUGCUCCAGCCUAUUCGUCAGCACUGGAUGCGGGUCAGACAUUCGACACAGGGGAGCAAUCAGAUUCAACCCUGCCACCAAAGGGCAAAAAUGCUUCAUCCUUGGAUGUUAGUGGAGAGGAUGGUGACGAAACUGAGUCGGAUGAGGACUGGCCUCUUUGUGCAGCAGUGGGAAAUAGGACGAGGGUUGAUCCUACACAAAAGAAGAUUUCUGAUAUUAUUCUCCAGAUGAGGAAAUUUGGUGACCAAAUUCUUUUCCAAAAAGAAGAGGUGUAUCUUGACCGGGAUAUGCUUUACAACUCAUUCAAGAUAAAAGGAGAGGUUUCAAUGGAGGUGAUGACUGCUUGGUGUGGUUGUUUGAACACCGACCUCCUUGAACAGACAUUGAAUGUUCACGUUCUCUCGCCGGAACUCUUGUCCGAAAUUGCAAAGGAUGAUGUUUCUGUAGAACAAGAGAGGGAAAACAAGGAAAAGCUAGCCACCUAUUUCAAGACUGAAGUAGAGAAGGGUGUUGAUUUUAGCAAAAUGAAACAGCUAUUCAUACCAAUUUAUCGAAAGGAUCAUUGGAUUGUCCUUAUGAUCACUAAGAUAAAAGAUGUACCCACUUUGGAGUUGCUUAUUUAUGACCCAGGCGCUAAGAAUCCCGUACACGUGAAGAAUGAUGAAUCUUUAGCCAAUAUGGUGGUGAAUCUGGACCCUCCCCUAAGUGCAAUGGGUAACACAUUCGGAUCAGGAAAUCGAUUGUUUUAUACAGUAAAUGGAGAAAUUAUGUUGUAUGAUGGAUCAUCUAAGCAAAAAAUCAAGCAAGACGGGGGCCUGAUGUGUCUGGUGUUCUUGCUUUCGGCCUCAGAGAAUGUCGCAGAGUGGUUCAAGGUUUAUAGAACAAAUGUCAAGCAGGUUCGCGCCUACAUCCUUGGACGUCUACUUGGACACUCGAACAACGAGAAGAGUUAAAAGAAGUUCUAAGGAUUGUCUCAAAUGCUGCUGGAUAGGGAUCAGAUUUAAAAAUUACAAAACAAUUUCUAUGUUUUUGUUGCACUCUGGAUAUUUUGAAUUUUACUCAUUUUGGGUCAGUACUUUGACAUUUUAAUGUGAUUGCAAUCGUCUA